UGGUACAAAUGGCCCUUGCUUGUACUUUUAUGUAUUUUUCUGUCGCAUCCCCGUUGUUUUUUACAACGCAGAAUACAUUGCGUUGUAUUGAUCACUAUUUACAAACGAACAUUAGAAAUAUGGGUACGACAAGCGUGGAGCACGUUAAGCGAAUAUUGAUUGAUCACGAUUAUGUCAGAAGUUCCAUCGAUGAAGUUGACCACCUUGCGAAUAUGGAAAAGAUUGCCAUCGUGGAACCAUGUGCUCACCUUAACAAUGACAACACAACACAAGAUAAAUAUUCUUACGUUGAUGGCAGCGAGAUUGGAAAUGCAGAAGAAAGAAUUGGUUCAGGGAUAGAAGCAAGCGAUUUAGGUGAUCUUUUGGAUAAGUUUGAAGAAGCAAUAAGUAAUUCAGCUGGCCUUCUAACUCCUGCACCAUCACCAGGAUAUACACACGAUGGGAAUGAACGCUUGAACAAUAAGGUGAACACACAAGCUAUCGAAAAAGGUGGGCAACAGAACAGCAACAAAGACUCAACAAGAACUAGUUCCGGAGAAACGAAUAAUAAUGACGUUCACAUAAAAAAUGGUUCGAGCAAUAAUAUCGACAAGAGUCAAUUGAAAAAGAGGAAACGAAUGAGUAAAGAGAGAAAAUAUCGCUCUAAAGACAAGGAAAGAAAUGAACUAAGACACACACGGUCGACAUCGAGCGAUGCCCGAAGCUCCGAAGAUGAAAUUUACUCAAAAAAACAUCGCUCGUUGAGAGAUACAUUCGAAAGGCGAGAUAAAGUCAGAAAUAACGAAAGAAAUUACGAAGUCAGGAGAGAGUCACGUGGAAGUUGUGAUGAUCGCGGACGAUCACGUGAGAGAUACGUGGACAGGUCGAAUGCACGUAGGAAGAGGGGUCAAGGAGGGUCGUCGUCGUCGUCGAAAUACAUCCGGGAUAUUGAAUAUGAAAGAAAAGUUGAUUUCAAGUUAGGAAGGUCGAACAUUGUGGACAUAGCAAAGGAAGAGCGUAGGGAAAUAUACGUGGGAGGAUUGCCGUAUGGCACGACUCGUGACGAACUCUGGGAGCGAUUUAAGAAAUUUGGACCGAUAGAGAAAAUCUCCGUUCAUUUGCGCGUUGGAAACCGUGAUAAUUAUGGUUUCGUAACGUUUUCCCAUCCUGCUGAUGCUCGAGACUGUGUUGAGCAUGGUAAUUCAUCUCCUGACGAACCAAAGUUUGAUUUGUGCUUCGGAGGCAGACGUCAAUUUUGUGGUGGCAGUUACGUCGAUUUCGAUUCUACGACAAGUCAUCUGGAAGAACUCCACGAAACGUAUGGUGACGUCUACGACAGCAUGGCCGAAGACGACGAUUUCGAUGCGUUAUUGCGCAUGUGUCAGAAACAAUUGAACGGGUAACAUAUUAUUAAAGUUGGUGGAUGAAUCAUCAUAUUGAUGUGAAAAUAAAAUAAAUCAAAAAACUA